GGUGUCUCGGUCGAUCAAGUGGACCCCUUGUCUCUCUCUUCCUCGCGGUCAUCCUCGUUCGCUGGGAAGAAGCGAGCCCGGGAGUCUGAUGAAGGUUUGAGGACACCAGCUAGACGAACCAAGUCUACAUCGGACACGACACUGAAGACCAACAGGGAUCAAGACGCUUUCCAACGAGGGCUCAUCGCAAUCUUCGUGCCCAAGGCAUUGCAAGAGUCGCUUCAAGGCAGGAUGGCCAACUUUAACGACCUCUUAGCUCAUUUCCUUCCUACUCCCUUGGCUCCAGCUCCUCCACUUGCACCAUUGUUGCCACUUCUACGCGCUCUUACGGCUCACGUUUCACUUCUGUCCUCCAGCAUACAUCGAGCAUUGGUGACCGCCAUUCUGAACCUUCCAUGGGCUACUGGCGAGGAGAAAUUCGUACGCUCAUAUGUUGGAUUCAUGGGUGUCUUGGUCAGUGCACAUCCAACAUGGUCCAAAGAGGUGGUGGGAAUGGCUGUAAAAGGUUUCACUUGGCAACCGCCUUGUGAACUGGCCCCUUCGCCAUCUAUCACGAGAAGACUCUAUCACGCUCGACAUCACUUGCUCCUCUCCCAUUUACUGUCCCUCAUACCUACUUUACCCACUCUCAUCCAGUCCUUACUGCUCCGACAGUUCCCGCACAAGCGUCAACCCGAAGUCUGCCAGACGACAUUUCUGCGCAAUUGCUGCGAGCUCAUAUCAUAUUGCCCAGAACUGUGUCAGAGAGUCUGGGGGGAGAUUGUGGAUCGAAUGUUACGAAUUGAUGUUGAAAUCACACGAAAUCAGGACGAUGAUGACGAGAGCGAAGAUGAAAUUCUUGAUGGAUCGAAUGACCCUAAUUUACCUCAAGACUCCUCUCAACUACUCGACCCGUUUGACCUCUCUGUCACGGAUGACAUUCCGGAUGAAGUUGGACCAGAGGACGACGAAGAUGAAGAUCAGGAUGGUGCAGAUCCUGACCCCGAUGAACUAUCGUCAGAGGACAGUGAAGCGUCAGAUUCAGAAGGAGACGAGACCAAGGCAACCAGUGCCAGAGAAAAGAAACGACUCGCUGUCAAAAUCAUGCAGGGCAAAUUGGACGGAAUGCUUGUAUAUUUUCUGAGGCACCUUUGCGAGUCUAUGGGUCAAGAACUCCCCAGUACACCGGCGGCCGCCCUGGCAUCCCGAGCAUUUACGUACAAUCCUUCUUCGACAUCAUCAUCGGCAGUGUCUACACCGACAUUCGAACCCUCCCUGCCCUAUCUCGGACUGAAGACAGGCGACGUUUCACCAGCUCAAAGUCUUGCGCAUUUCCAGUCCCUCCUGAAUAUCUUUUCCAGACAGAUCCUCCCCACUUCCCACACACAACACAUACCCUUUCUUUUGUUCCUUUGCGCUUCAUUUUCACCCUCGCAUACAGAUCUUUUCCUGGGCCUGCUCGUUUCGCAAGCUUUGUACGGCACCACAACCUCCAUCUCUGCGUCCAACACCCCUAUCUCACUCAAUCAGCGGAUAGCAGCAACCGUCUACGUCGGUAGUCUGGUCACUAGAGCCCGUUAUGUCAACGACGAACACGCACGACAAGUCAUGACUUAUCUCCUUGCUUACAUCGAUGGUCGACUGCAUCAUCCGGCAUCGGAACGCUUUGACGAGUUACCUCUUUUUUAUGCGGUGUGUCAGGCGACUAUGUUGAUUUUUUGUUUCCGCUGGCGAGCCCUUCGACCUGCUUCCGUUCGUGCCAGAGAAGAUAGUGGCGAGCCCGAUGAUGUGGAAGGUGGUAUGGGCAUGGUGGGCGAGUUAGAGAUGGAUGAUGGAACUGGGGAAACCGAUGAAUCAACACAAGAUGGAAGAUGGAUCAAAGACCUCGAUGUUCUUCAACGUGUCAUCACAUCACCCCUCAAUCCCUUGCUGGGGUGUAACCCCACAGUUGUGAAGACUUUCGCAAAGGUGGCACAUCAGACGGGGUUUGCUUAUUGUUUCUCGAUAAUCGAGGCCAACGCCGCUUUAGGUCGGAAUCCCAUGUCCUCAAAUUUCAAUACAGCAACGAAGGGCAAGGCGCAGACUCCGAGUGCCUCGAGAGUCACGACAAGUCUGGGAUCUGGUAUGGCCAACACGCUGGCUAAACAGGCAAGACAGAGCAAUAUCGAUGCUGGUCUCGAUGAUUAUUUCCCUUUUGACCCAUACGACUUAGCACGAUCCGGACGGUAUGUCGAGCCUAUCUACAGAACUUGGUCUGAAGUGGCUAUGGAUCCGACGGAGGAUGAAGACGAGGAGGAUACGGAGGAAGACGCGGAGGCGGAGGAGGAAGAUGUAGGGGAUAGCUCGGCGGUGAGCGGUAGUGUGAGAAGUAGCAGUAUGAGCAUGAGUCUAAGUGUGUCAAUACCGAAAGGAUCAUGGAGUGAUAAGAAGAGGAGAAUGUUUAGCCGAGACAAUGGUUUGUCGAGCAGUCUGGAAGGGAUGAGCAUUUCG